CCCGGCCAUGGUGGUGACGCAGGGGAACAUGUUCGGCUGCUACGACAGUUACGCCUACCGCCUGUGGAGUCUCGCUAACGUCUGGACCAACUGCCAGCUCCCCUUACCGGCGGCCCCGACGGCGAAGGAGUCGGAGCUGUUGGCCGCCACCUCCGCGUCGCCCGCCUCCGGCGCCGCCCCCGCCGACUUCUUCCACAUCGAGUGCCCGCAGUGCCGCAAGGCCUACCCGGGCUUCCAGGCGCUGCGCGAGCACGUGGAGGCGGAGCACCCCAGGAGCGCGGCCUCCGCCGCCCCCGCCGCCAUCUCGCCCCCGACGCCGACGCCCGGCGGCGCCUACCCCUGCCCCCAGUGCAGCGUCACCUUCGCCACCAGGGACCAGCUGGAGAAGCACGAGCUCCUGCACUCGCCCAACGCCACAGUCUCGUGCAAGAUCUGCAACAAGACGUUCGCGAACGUGUACCGGCUGCAGCGGCACAUGAUCAGCCACGACGAGAGCGCAGUGCUGCGCAAGUUCAAGUGCCCCGAGUGUGACAAGGCCUUCAAGUUCAAGCACCACCUCAAGGAGCACAUCCGCAUCCACAGCGGGGAGAAGCCGUUCGAAUGCGCCAACUGCGGCAAGCGCUUCUCGCACUCCGGCUCCUACUCGAGCCACAUGACGUCCAAGAAGUGUCUCGUGAUGAACCUCAAGGUGGGCCGCGGGGGCGGCCGGGGCCCGUAUCGCGGGGCAAAGCGCGUCUCGGCGCCCCUGGCUCCCGGCGGGCACGCCGCCCCCAACAACCACCACCUGCACGCCGGCAACGCCACCUCCGGCGCCGGCAGCAACAACGGCGGCAGCAGCCAGUUCCCGCCCAUCCUGCCCAAGUUCGCGGCGGCCGCCGCGGCAUACCUGGGCAGAUACCCGCCGCACGUCGCCACCCCCUACUACGUGCCCGCGCCGUCCGCCGCCGCUCCACCAUCGCACCACGCCGCAGCAGCGGCGGCAGCAGCAGCAGCUGCAGCGGCGCAGGUGCAAUAUAAGCUGCAGCAGCCCGCGGCGGGCUUCGGCCACCUGUUCCAGCAGCUACCAGCCCCCUACCUCCAGCACCAGCUGCAACAGCAGCUGCAUCACUUCCAGGCGUGUAAAGUGGAGGCUCUGCCUGCACCAUCACAGCACCACCAGCAGCACCACGAGCACAGAGAGCACCAGGAGGAUCAGACGGCAUCUGGGGCAGAGGACGACCGCGAGACCCAACGUCCGGUGGUGAAACAGGAGCGCCUGGAUGAAGACCAGGACCGAGGGUCAGAGCGCGACCACGACCCCGAGGACAGGGAGCGCCAGUCACCGGAGGGUACCCCGCGACCGGAGUCGGCAGCCGCAUCGGCGCCAGUUAUCAAGCAGGAGCGUAUGGACCACGAGGAAGAGGAAGAGGACCGCGGCUGCUGCGAGGAUGUUGACAUGGAGCAGACCAGGCCCAGUAGUGGCCACCAAAGCCCAGGCUCACCACACGCUGAUCAAGCCAAGGAGGGUGUGGAGCGCCUGCUGGAGUUGGUGGGGUCCACGGUGAGCCGCCGUCUGGUGGAGGCCGGUGCCCAGCAGCUCUCCGGGUCCCCGGCCACCCCCGCUGGAAGCAGCUACUGCUCCUCCUCAUCCGCCUCCAGUAACAACAACAACAACAACAACACCCUCGAGGACCUGCAAUGCCGCUUCUGCCACAAGAGGCUCACAUCUGCCGUUGACCUGGAUCAGCAUGAAAGGUUCCUGUGCUGUGGCGGCGGAGGGUCCUCGUCAUCCUCCGCAGCCAGUGGCAGCGGGAGUGAGGGCCUAGCGGCCAAGUUGGAAGAUGCGGUCACCGCCAAGACGGAGGAAAUGUCCAUCAACGGUGGCAGCGACGAGGCGAGUGACGACGACGAGGGAGGCGGCGGGGGCGGAGGGGGUGGCACCGCGGGAUCCACCUCCGGCCUCCCCGGUGCGUCUGCCGGGAACCACGGCUCUGGCAGUGUUGGCCUGGGCGGCGGCAUGGGUCGGACGGGCAAGGUCCGCGUGAGGUCGCUCAUCGCCGACGAGCAGCUGGCUGUGCUCAAGGGCUGCUACGCCGCCAACCCUCGGCCCAAGAAGGACGAGCUGGCGCGCAUCGCCGACCGCAUCGGAUUCCCCGUACGUGUGGUGCAGGUGUGGUUCCAGAACACACGAGCACGCGACCGCAGGGAAGGACGGCUAGUGCAUGUGCCGUACCAAGCACCGCCCCCACUGGCCCCUCCACCUUCGGGGCUGCCGUCGCCGCCCCCGCUCUAUGACCUUACUGCCUCACAUUCACAUGUGGACUCGGCUCACAGGUCCGACUACUCCUGCGGCGGUGACGAGGCGGCGAUGAAUCUGAGUGUGGGCAAGGCGUCCCCCGCAGCGUCGGCGACGCCCAGCCCGCACCGUAGCACUGCCCUCGACGCAGGGCAGUCUCCGCCCCCGGCACCCGCUUCUGGCCCGGUCGCCACCCCCACCUUCCCCUUCGGCGGGGACGGCGGCAGCCGGCUGGCCCGCAUCCUGACGCAGCCCCGCGACUUGUUUGCACUGGCGGCCCUGGAUCGGCUGCCCUACGGAGGACCCGAGUCCCCGGCACCCUUCAGCCGCUAUCACGAGAACGGUGGUGACUCCUCCAGUCCGCAUUCCGACAAGCGCCCGUGGAAGCAGGGUUACGGGGAUGGCGAAGACACGACGGACGAUGCGGAGGACUCGGGUGGCGACCCAGCUCUGGGCACUUCGCCCUCCAAGAGGCACCGCCUGCUGGCCGCCCUCGGUGGCACUGACCGAGAGGCCGAGGGCCAGUUCGUGUGCGACCAGUGCGACAAGGCAUUCGGCAAGCAGAGCUCGCUGGCGAGACACAAGUACGAGCAUUCCGGUCAGCGGCCUCACAAGUGUGACGUCUGCACCAAGGCAUUUAAGCACAAGCACCACCUCACAGAGCACAAGCGCCUGCACUCUGGAGAGAAGCCCUUCCAGUGCUCCAAGUGCCUCAAGCGUUUCUCGCACUCCGGAUCCUACAGCCAGCACAUGAACCACCGCUACUCCUACUGCAAACCCUACAGAGAGUAGCUGCCGGACGUCGGCCCCCUCGGCCACCGUCCCGGCCCCGGCUACUCUCGCUGUGGACUGUACGGGGUGUAGCCUCCUGCAGCCGAUGCGCGAACUGCCGCUACUACCGCCUCGAGUCCUACGGAGAGCGGCCGACCGACUCGGUCGACCGACGUCCCGGUGCCUGCUACUCCCACGUGGCUCGGGCUCCCGUGCCACUACCGCUGCCAGUCCUGCGGAGAGUACAUGACGGCCACUGUCGCACUGGUCGCAGUCGUCACUUGCUGCCACCUCGGAGACGGUCCGCCACCCUGGCCGCGCACGGUGCUGGGAGCAAAUUAAUACUUCCGCAUGUGUCGGCUACUGUCAUUACGGCAACAUCUCACAAAACUCUGAACUGAAUUGAUUAUUUCAGCUACACCACUCUGUGGCUCUUCCACAGUACCCAGCACCUCUCACUACGAGCUUCACAGAGACUGGAUAUCGGGUGCUAUGCUAACCGUCACUGUGCAGUGGCAUAUUUUUCAGCUGGUACCGGUUGGAGCACACCACUUGUACCUUCUUGUGUAUGGAGCAAAACUACACCGAGAUAGAUCCUGUAUUGUAUAAUUUGCAGUACGCAAAAGUGCUUGAAAGUCAGUAUUGCACAGUUCCCUAGCUAAGAUGUACUCUUUUGAGCAGUUCAGUUGUCGUAGCUAACCUUGCCAGUUUGACAAGCUGUGGUUCAAAAUACAUUUAAAUCAACUGGUGUUGUGCUUCUUUGCCUUACAGUAUCCACUCAAUACAGGUGUAUUUUUCUCCUGCCGCUGUGUGAAGUGUCAACAUUUCUCCUUUGACCGAUCAUUUUUGCCACACUCUUCGAGCGGUAUCACUCCAAUUUUUCCCUCUUAGCUUGGCAUGAGGACGUAUUAUUUCAGAAACUUUAAUCCUUGCUAAAUUUCACCAUUAUAAUAUCACAGAUGCUGUUCUUGAAAGUCAUUUCACCUAAUUAAAUACCACCUCAGCUGAUAUUUACUGUAAUUGCAAUUACUGAUCAUUUGUGAUAAUGGAGUUAAACUACUCAAUCUAGCGUACCACUAGAACAUCACAUUUUUGGUAGUUAUUAGCCACAACAUCUUUGAAACAAAUACCUUGUAUGCCUCUUAAUUAGGUCAACUCGUAACAUGUUCCAAAGCUUAUCCAGUGGCAGGUGUUGAAAUACAUACUUAGCAUAUAGUACUUUGUUUGUGACCUUUGUAUUGUCAUUCAAUUCUAUGGCUUUUUAUAGCUUUUGCCUAAACUCUCAUAUUCAGUUUUCCCGAUCCAGGAUACAGCUAAGACCAUUUGACCUUAGUGAUGGGUGUAAUCUGGCAAAAAUUUCCAUUGAUGAACAAUGGCUAUUUUGGAGUGCUAAGACAUGCAAAAGCCAUUGCACUUCCAAUUUUCAAAUUCACUGACAUGGUUCUGAAUUAACCCUGCUCUUGAAAGAUCACAAUGGUUUCUAAAAUUACAUACGGACAGUAAUUUGUAUUUGAUAGAUCACAUUCUAACAAGAUAAAACUGUAAAGAACUUCACUGUGGCCCUGAGAGAGACUUUUAAGAAAGUAUCUUUGCUUCUAAAAAGAAAACAAGAAAAAUAUGAUCCAGACUUAAAUUGUUGAAACAUUAAUUGGGCUUUAUUAAUCCCUUUCCUCUAUUUGUCAGACAGCUCUAGUAGUUAAAAUUGCUUAUUUGGAAAAAUCAAUCUUAAUUCACAGUAAUCUCUUUCUGCUUCUCUGUAUAUAACCUUGAGCACUUGUUAUGUAAUGAAUGAGGAAGUAAGUUCCUCUUAGCAACAUACAGCACCAACAUCAUAUAGUUUGUGUCCUACCAGAACAUAUAAUACUGGUAAUAUUGUACCUACUACCUA